AUGGCCAAACUGGACGAAUGGGUCUCUGAUCCCAAAAACAGCCAGAAUCUGAUUGAUGACCUGGAGAAGAAGCUCGAUCAAGGUGAAAUGAAGGCUCUGGAGGAUUAUCUGAAAAAUAAGAAGCUGAAAAAGAGUGACUGGGAUCACUGGAGUAAAUACGUCGUGCAGUACGUCUACCCCACAGACUCGGCACCAGACUACACGUCCAUUCUCGUUCCCAACGUGGACAACACCAGAACGAGCUUCCUGAUUGAGGCCAUCGCAAAACAGCGCAAGGCUGUUCUCCUCACCGGUGAACAGGGGACUGCCAAGACGGUCAUGAUUAAGGCCUACACGAAGAAAUACAACCCUGAGAUGGAUCUGUUCAAAUCCAUGAACUUCUCCUCCGCCACGGAGCCGAUCAUGUUCCAGCGGGCAGUAGAGAGUUACAUAGAGAAGCGGCUGGGCAGCACAUACGGACCCCCCGGCAGACGGAGACUGACCGUUUUUAUUGAUGACAUCAACAUGCCUGUCGUCAAUGAAUGGGGAGAUCAGAUCACAAAUGAAAUAGUGCGUCAGACGAUGGAGAUGUCGGGCAUGUACAGUCUGGAUAAACCCGGUGAUUUCACCACCAUAACAGACGUUCAGAUGAUGGCCGCCAUGAUCCAUCCCGGCGGUGGCAGGAACGAUAUUCCUCAGAGACUGAAGAGACAGUUCACAGUGUUUAACUGCACGCUUCCGGCCAACUCCUCCAUCGACAUGAUCUUCGGAAUUAUUGGCUGUGGAUAUUUCCAUCAGUGUCGAGGAUUUACACCAGAGAUCUCUGACACUGUACAGCGUCUCGUACCCGCUUCCCGGAUUCUCUGGCAAUGGACCAAGGGGAAGAUGUUGCCCACUCCAUCAAAGUUUCACUACUUCUUCAACCUAAGAGAUCUGUCCAGGAUUUGGCAGGGCAUGCUGAAGAUCAGAGCAGAAGAGUGUGAGACAGUCGCCACCCUCCUGUCCUUGUUCAAGUGUGAAUGCACUCGAGUCAUCGCAGACCGGUUUGUGUGUGAGGAGGAUAAGCACUGGUUCGAGAAGUCUAUAGCCCAGGUCAUUCAGGAACACGUGGAUCCUGCUUUGGUGCCACACCUCCACCCCGACCCUUACUUUGUGGACUUCCUGAGAGAGGCUCCAGAGCCUACAGGAGAGGAGGCUGAUGACGCCUGUCUCGACGCUCCCAAAAUCUAUGAACUGGUGCCGGACUUCCAGUUCCUGUCGGAGAGACUGCGGUUCUAUCAGAGCCAGUAUAACGAGGCUGUUCGGGGCUCACAUCUGGACCUGGUCUUCUUUACUGAUGCCAUGACCCACCUCAUCAAGAUCUCCCGCAUCAUCAGGACCGAUGGAGGAAGCGCUCUGCUGGUGGGAGUGGGAGGAUCGGGCAAGCAAAGCCUUUCACGGCUCGCGUCGUACAUCGCCGGUUACAGGAUAUUCCAGAUUACACUCACUAGAACCUAUAACAUCAGCAACCUGAUGGAUGACCUGAAAGUGCUGUUCAGAACGGCCGGCGCUGAAGGAAAAGGCGUCACGUUCAUCUUCACGGACAACGAGAUAAAAGACGAGGCCUUCCUAGAGUACCUUAACAAUGUUUUGUCAUCUGGAGAGGUCUCGAACCUUUUUGCUCGUGAUGAACUGGACGAGAUAACACAGAAUCUCAUCCCCGUAAUGAAAAAGGAGACGCCCCGAGUGCCGCCCACCUUUGAUAAUCUGUAUGAAUACUUCAUCUCCCGGGCCAAAAAGAACCUCCAUGUGGUGCUGUGUUUUUCCCCGGUGGGGGAGAAGUUCCGCUCCCGCUCUCUGAAGUUCCCCGGACUGAUAUCCGGAUGCACCAUGGACUGGUUCACCCCGUGGCCGAGUGAAGCCCUGAUGGCCGUGUCCCAGUAUUUCCUCUCGGACUUCCACAUGGUCUGUUCGCCUGAGGUGAAGACUGCGGUGGUCCAGACUAUGGCCGUCUAUCACGACAGAGUCUCCUCCACCUGCGAGAGCUACUUUGAGAGAUUCAGACGAAGGGCCCACGUCACCCCGAAAUCCUACCUGUCCUUCAUCAAUGGAUACAAAACCCUCUAUACAGAGAAGCACACCCACAUCAACACUCUUGUUGAGCGCAUGAAUGUCGGUCUAGCCAAGCUAAUGGAAGCCAGCGAAUCCGUCGCGCAGCUGUCCAGAGACCUGGUGGUGAAGGAGCAGGAGCUGGCGUUGGCCUCGGCCCGAGCCGACAAGGUCCUCAAGGAGGUGACUGUGAGCGCCGAGGCCGCCUCUGUGGUCAAAAACGAGGUGCAGGUGGUGAAGGAUAAAGCGCUGAAGAUCGUGGAGGAAAUCGAGAAGGAAAAAGGUGUGGCAGAGCUGAAGCUGCAGGCGGCUGAACCUGCACUCAUGAAAGCUGAGGCGGCUUUAAACACCAUCAAACCGGCCGAUAUCGCAACAGUGAGGAAACUGUCCAAGCCACCACAUUUAAUCAUGAGAAUUAUGGACUGCUGUCUGCUUCUCUUCCGCAAGAAGCUGGACCCCGUCGUCAUGGAUCCAGAGAGGCACUGCCUUAAGCCCUCCUGGAGCGAAGCCAUGAAGCUGAUGAGCGGCGGCGGCUUCCUGACGUCACUGCAGCAGUUUCCUAAGGACACGAUAACCGAAGAGACGAUGGAGCUGCUGGAGCCGUACUUCCAGAUGGAGGAUUACACGCUGGAGAACGCCAGUAAAGUGUGCGGAAACGUGGCGGGUCUGCUGUCCUGGACACAGGCUAUGGCCACCUUCUUCAGCAUCAACAAGGAGGUGCUGCCACUGAAGGCUAAUCUCAGCGUUCAGGAGAACAGGCUAACGGCAGCUAAUAAGGAACUGGCUAACGCUCAGGCCCAGCUGGAUGAAAAGCAGGCAGAGCUGGACAUGGUGCUGGCCAAAUUCGAAGCAGCCAUGAAGGAGAAGCAGGAUCUGCUGAACGACGCCGAAUCGUGCAGAAAUAAAAUGCAGACGGCCUCCGCUCUGAUCGACGGGCUGAGCGGGGAGAAAGUGCGCUGGACCGAGCAGAGCAGAGAGUUCACCUCACAGAUCAGCAGGCUGGUUGGAGACGUCCUGCAGCUGACCGGCUUCCUGUCCUACUGUGGUCCGUUCAACCAACAGUUCCGUAACAUGCUGCUGAAGGAGAUCUGGGAGGACGAGCUCACGAAGAAGAACAUUCCCUUCACUGAAAACCUGAACCUGAUCUCCAUGCUGGUGGACCAGCCCACAAUCAGCGAGUGGAAUCUGCAGGGCCUUCCGGGUGAUGACCUGUCGGUGCAGAACGGCAUCAUUGUCACCAAAGCUACCCGCUUCCCCCUCCUCAUCGACCCCCAGACUCAGGGCAAGGCUUGGAUCAAGAAGAAGGAGAAAGCCAACGAGCUCCAGGUCACGUCUCUGAAUCACAAGUACUUCCGCACCCAUCUGGAGGACAGCCUGUCCCUGGGUCGCCCUCUGCUCAUCGAGGAUGUACCCGAGGAGCUGGACCCAGCGCUGGAUAACGUGCUGGAGAAGAACUUCAUCAAGUCUGGAUCCUCCUACAAGGUUAAAGUCGGAGACAAAGAGAUCGACGUGAUGGACGGCUUCCAACUCUACAUCGCCACCAAGCUGCCCAACCCGUCCUACACGCCCGAGGUCUGUGCCAAAACCUCCAUCAUCGACUUCACCGUGACCAUGAAGGGCCUGGAGAACCAGCUGCUGGGCAGAGUCAUCCUGACCGAGAAAUACGAACUGGAGGCUGAGAGGCUGAAUCUGAUGCAGGACGUCACGGCCAACAAGAGGAAGAUGAAAGAGCUGGAGGAUAAUUUGCUUUACAAGCUCAGCACCACAAAAGGCUCUCUGGUCGACGACGAGUCCAUGAUCGGGAUCUUGAGAGUCACUAAGGAAACAGCAGCGGAGGUGAGCGAGAAGCUCAACGUGGCCACCGAGACGGAGACGAAGAUCCUCGCCGCUCAGGAGGAGUACCGUCCCGCGGCGUCCCGCGGCAGCAUCCUCUACUUCCUCAUCACAGAGAUGAGCAUGGUCAACGUCAUGUACCAGACCUCGCUCGCCCAGUUCCUCAGGAUCUUCGACCUCUCCAUGUCGAGGUCAGAAAAAACCCCCCUGACCCAGAAGCGCAUCGCUAACAUCAUCGACUGUCUGACGUACGAGGUGUUCAGAUACACGGUCCGAGGCCUGUACGAGAAUCACAAGUUCAUCUUCACUCUGCUGCUGGCUCUCAAGAUCGAUCUGCAGAAGGGCAACAUCAAGCACAGCGAGUUCCAGAUUCUUAUUAAAGGUGGUGCCGCCCUGGAUCUCAAAGCUUGUCCUCGUAAACCCUUCCGCUGGAUUCUGGACAUGACAUGGCUGAACCUGGUUGAGCUGAGCAAACUGCCCCAGUUCACCAACAUCAUGAGCCAGGUGUCCCGGAAUGAAAAGGGCUGGAAGGCGUGGUUCGAUAUGGACGCACCAGAGGACGCAGUGAUUCCCGAUGGUUAUAAUGAUUCACUGGAGAUCUUCCACAAAUUACUGCUUAUCAGAUCCUGGAGUCCAGAUCGCACGCUGUCUCAGGCCAGGAGCUACGUAGGGCACGCAUUGGGCGCGAGGUUCGCCCAGUCUGUUAUUCUCAAUCUGGAGGCAACGUGGGGGGAGAGCGACCCUCGUACCCCUCUGAUCUGCUUCCUCUCCAUGGGCUCGGAUCCAACCAACCAGAUAGAAGCUCUCUCCAAGAAACUCAGACUCGAAUGCAGAGCUAUAUCUAUGGGACAGGGACAGGAAGUGCAUGCGAGGAGGCUGGUGCAGAUGUCCAUCGCACAGGGAGGCUGGGUCCUGCUGCAGAACUGCCACCUGGGUCUGGAGUUCAUGGACGAGCUGCUGGACACCGUGAGCACAGUGGAGAACGUUCAUGAGAGCUUCAGGGUGUGGAUCACCACGGAGCCACACGACCGCUUCUCCAUCACGCUGCUGCAGUCCUCCAUCAAGUUCUCCAACGAUCCUCCUCAGGGAGUGAAAGCCGGACUGAAGCGAACGUUCGUCGGGAUCUCUCAGACUCAGCUGGACGUCAGCAACCUGCCCAUGUGGAAGCCGCUGCUGUACAGCGUCGCGUUCUUGCACACGGUGGUGCAGGAACGUCGCAAGUUCGGACCCCUGGGCUGGAAUAUUCCGUACGAGUUCAACUCGGCAGACUUCAGCUCCAGUGUGCAGUUCAUCCAGAACCAUUUGGAUGAGUGCAGUCCCAAAAAGGGCGUGUCGUGGGACACCGUGCGCUACAUGCUGGGAGAGGUGCAGUACGGAGGCAGAGUGACGGACGACUACGACAAACGACUUCUGAACUGUUUUGCACGAGUAACACACGACCCCCCCAACCUAAUAAUAAAUAUAAUAACGUUAGCGUAUGAUGUACGAGAGACUUAUACGAGGCGUCGCGGGUGCGUCACGGCCUGA